UUGUGUGAACCGGAGGAAGAGGAAUAGUAUUGUAGUUUGAUGUGGAUCAGACGGUCAAUGCUCAAUUGCUCCCAAAACCGCACUUCCCGCUUCUUCAAACGAAUCAAGCCAAAACUUAAAAAAAAAAGGAAAUUGGAGCAAUUCAGAUCCCCAUCUCCUCUCGCCGCCUCCGGGAUUCCAAAAUCCCAACCGAGUCUGAGAUCCGCGCAUGGCGUCGCCGUGCCCCUUCCCCGCCGCUGCCGCCGGAUCCGAUGCCUGGGGCUUGCAAUUUGAUUCGGGUAUCCAAUCCAGUGGGAGGAGGAGGAGACCCAGGCAACAAAGAGAAUAUCGCUGAAGAUGGAGACACUUUCUUGGAUGGCCCAACCUUGCGGAAAGAGGGGUCUGCCUCUACAAAGAGGAAGAAGAAGCCUGCAGGUUUCAACUUGAGGAAAAGCAUUGCCUGGAACCCUGCUUUCUUCACUGAACAAGGUGUUUUGGAUAAUUCGGAGCUUUCUGUGCUCACUGGCUCCCAACUGAUGGCAAAUGGGAGCCCUAGCCCAGGGGUCACUGGUGUAACGUCCCCAUUGUGUCGGUCUGGGAGAUAUGGUAAUGCAUAUGUACCGAAGGAAGUCACAGAGAACUCACAUGGAAAAUUGCCUGCAAAACAACGAAGCGCAGAAAACAAGGGAAGGAAAUUGUUCUCUUCAGCGAAAACACCUCAGAGAAAUGAAUGGAAAGAAUCUGUGGGAACACAAAAUAGAAGUUCUGCAAGAAGUAUCCAGAAUCGCAUACCACGAGUACCAGCAGGAUCUACACAGAAGAAAGUACCAAACUCAUCUUCUACAGCUCAGUUGUCAAGAAUACCGAAGAAGCCUCAACCUUCUCUUCCUAUGGUCCUGAGAAGUACCUCAUCUAUGACAACUGUUUCAAAAUCAAACAAAAAUUUAGCUCCAGUUAAAGCUGAGCAAGUUCAUAGAGUACCUGGACUGCCGUCUAAAUUGAAGAUCGAUUCUAUAUCUUCUGGACCUAGCAUAGAGAAGGAUGUGGUUCCUGCUGUUACUGCCAAACAUGAAGACGCCUAUGGUUCUGUGAAAUGCAAAAAUCCACAAAUCAGCCCCUCCAGUUCCUUUGGUAUCACUGCAUCAACUUUUGCUAAGCCAUCAGCACUUCGAAUGCCUUCACCGUCAGUUGGGUUUUUCACUCAGGAAAAUGCUCAUGUGUCACAUGGCGAUGCUGCUAAAAGAAAUGCGGGGACGUGCUUUGCUGGAAAUACUUCAUCAGUUGUAAAACCUCCCAGAUAUAAGCAGCCUGAUGAUCUAAAAAGCGGACUCUGUCAAACAAAGCCGCUGUCAACCAAUUGCACCACUGCUUCCAGUCUUGUUCUACCUGUAACUAGAGAGAGCAAUCCCAACACCUUGGUGGGUCCAGAAAAGGAACCCUUGUCAAAAGUUAUUACUAUAUACUCAGUAAAAUCUGGAAAUGCAAAUAAUCAAGAAAGGCCAGAGGUUGAUUGCUUAUUGGCUGGAAGUGGAGCUACUCCACAGCCAUUGAGUUCAGAAAAGAACGAUGGUGCCAGAAAUUGCGUGCCAAUCGUGUACAAUGACACAUCACAUGUAGAAGGAAGUGGCAUUAUCAAAGAUAUUGAGCCUAUUGAGAAUUCCUACUAUCUUAAAUCUAUUUGUUCCUCAACCAUCGAACCUGUUGAGGAUUCCUGCUCUCUUAAAGCUAUUAGCUCCUCAACCAAACCUAUUGUGGGGAGUAAAUUGUCACCCUCUCGCAUUGCCUCUCGAGUAUGCACAUCUAAUGAUCUCAAUUGUCAAAGCAAGUCAGACAGUGGUUCCAGUGCAGCAAUUGACUUGGUUGCAGUUUCUUUGUCUGAAGGCAACAAUUGUACUACAGGUCUUGAUUUCUUGCGAGAUUUUGAUUCCAGCAAUCACCUGAAUACUGAAUGUUCUACUCUAAUGGAAUCAGUGGAAUCUACAAUAUGUGCAGAUCAGGUGCCACGUUGUGGUAGUUCAAGUCAUGAAACACCUGCUUUAGCUGACAGGAAUACAGAUUUGAAUGAUUCUUUGCAGAAUGAAUCUAAACCUCCUUCAUCAGAAGAACAAAAUACUGACGGUGGAAUGGAGCUUGAAAUAAACAAUGCAUUAGUUGUAAAGGAGACCCUGUUGUUACAUGUCGGGUGUGAGCAUAACCACAAUUGUAGGAGCACAGAUUGUUCUCCUAUGAAACAUGAAGCACCUAUGCCUUGUGUGGAGAGACGACCUGUUUUAUCAGUAGAACCGGACAUAGAAGACAAAAUGGUGCUUGACACAAACAAGUUGUCAGCUCUAGAGGGUGCAUCACUUAUGGAAAAGACUAAAGCACUGGACAGAUCACGAACAAAUACUAUCCUUAAAGAUCAUCUGAAAAACUUGGUACCAUUUACAGAAGAAUGGCUUGCUGUCAUGGAGGCUCGUGGGCAGGAAGUUCUCGAACAGAAGACUGGCGCUGUGCAAAAUUCUCCUCCUGACAAAACUACUCCAGAAUCCAGUCCAUGGUCACCGGUUAAACGGAAAGCCCAAGAUGUCGGACCAUUUGACUGUACUAAGUACUCCAAAAGCGUCCCAACAUCUGGUACCCCUUAACUGCAGUUCUUGGCCUUCACAUUCUGUCUGUCGCGGUACAGCCACGGCGCAUAAGGUCAGCAGAGACUCAGAGCUGAACACGGAGUCUUGUUAUCUGCCACUGAUUCUCAUUUCGUCCUAGCUAACUUGACUGCCUUGUAGUUCUGCAGCCUAGCUUGUUGAUCUCACCAUGCAUUCUCCUCUUUUUAAUUGUAACAUACUGUUCAGAUCACGCCCCAAGCAAACACUUGGUAAACAACAACACAAUAAAGAAAAGCCCUUUUUGUGAGUUUGAAUUUGCCAAAAUUUUGUAUGCAAUGCUGACUUGACUGCGGAAUAUUACUAUUACUCCUACUAGUAGAGAUUGGUGGUUCAGCAUCAGCAUCAGCAUCAGGUCGGGUCGUCGUCUGUAUCAAUCCGCCAGCCACUCGCUGCCGUAGUAGGAGUUGGACAGGCCGAGCCAGAAGUUGAAGGCCUCCGCCGAGCGCUUGCGCUCCCGGCGGCAGUCCUGCCGCGCCUGCGAGGCGUGCUUGCUGGUGAACAUCCUCGAGUGCAUCUCGAUGUACCUCUUCUUGUACUUGGUCUUGUUGGGCGCGAUGCCCUUGGAUCUCCUCCAUGCACGCCACCAUCUCCAGCAGCUCCUCGUCGGCCUCCUCCGCCUCGUUCCACAGCACCAACGCCUCCCCCGGCUUCCGUGCCACGGCGAUGCCCUUGGCCAGGCUGCACCCCGCGCUCCUUCAUCCUCUCCAGCAGCCCCAGCCGGCCGGCAGUACUCUUCCACCCUCACCCUCGGGUCCCUCUCCAUCUCCUCCAACACCUUCGGCUGCCCCGAUGCCGCCAACGCCUUCAUCAGCGUCGUGUAGCUCACCGUGGACGGCGCGACCGCAUCUCGUUGAA